ACCGCUGCUGGCUGUUAGAUUGCGCAACCGGCAAAAAAUCCCAGUCUGCGACGACCUUUUCCUUUCUUUUGCUCCCAUAUCCCAACCCACUAUGCCUAAAUUAGCCAUAGAAACCACACCUUAAACAACUCCUAAUUUUCACUCACUCUGACCCAAUUCCAAAAAUAGUUGCCUUUGCAUCUUUGCUCAUUGGCAGCUUGCCACAUUUUUUCCAUGGCCACCUAUGCUUCCAACAUGAUUUGCUAUCCAAACCCAGCAAACCCAGUAAUCAAUGGAUUGAGAAAAACCCAUCACCUCCAAUUCAUGGGCAGCACUUUCUGGGCAAUCCCAAUGAGUCUCUGCUCCAAUGGCCAUUUUCACCGACCCUUAGCGGCUGCAAGCGUGGAAGAGACAGCAAAGACAGAAAGUAAAGAAGGGAAGCCAAGGUUUAAGUUGGAUGCGGUAGACCCUGAGAUUACUGAAGCCCAGAAACAAGCUAUAGCUCAAUUGCCAUAUCAUAUGGCCAAACGUUGUAAGGCAUUGAUGAGGCAGCUUAUUUGCUAUUCUCCUCAGAAGGGUAGUUUGUGUGAGUUAUUGGCUGCUUGGGUUAGGGCUAUGAAGCCUAGCAGAGCUCACUGGCUUGCGGUUCUUAAAGAAUUGAGGAUAAAGGAUCACCCACUUUAUCUUCAGGUGGCAGAAAUUGCUGUACUAGAAGAAUCUUUUGAAGCCAAUCUUCGUGACUAUACCAAAAUAAUUCAUGGUUAUGGGAAGCAAAACCGAAUUGAGGAUGCUGUUAAAACCCUUUCAAACAUGAAGGCUAGAGCCUUCAUAUGUGAUCAGGUAACUCUAACUGCCAUGAUUGACAUGUAUAGCAAGGCUGGACAUGUUAAGCUGGCUGAAGAAACUUUUGAAGAAAUUAAGCUCCUUGGGCAGCCCUUGGAUAAAAGAUCGUAUGGCUCAAUGAUCAUGGCCUACAUUAGAGCUGGAGUGCCAGAUCAAGGAGAGAGUUUACUCAUAGAAAUGGAUGCCCAAGAGAUUUAUGCUGGAAGUGAAGUUUACAAGGCGUUGUUAAGAGCAUACUCUAUGGUUGGUGAUACUGAAGGCGCUCAAAGAGUGUUCAAUGCAGUUCAGCUAGCUGGUAUUUCUCCGGAUGAUAAGCUAUGUGGACUUCUCAUAAAUGCAUAUGGUGUAUCAGGUCAAAGUCAAAAGGCACGUGUUGCGUUUGAAAACAUGAGGACGGCGGGUAUCAAACCGACUGAUAAAUGUAUAGCUCUAGUGUUGGCUGCUUAUGAAAAAGAGAAUAAACUUCAGAAGGCAUUAAAAUUUCUGAUGGCGUUGGAGAGAGAUGGUAUCAUGGUUGGGAAAGAAGCUGCAGAAACUCUGGCGGCAUGGUUUAGAAAACUAGGGGUUGUGGAAGAGGUGGAUACAAUCUUGAGAGAAUUUGCAGAAACGGAAGCAAAUUCCAGAGUUCCUGCUACAUAGGCUCCAUCUCCCAGUUUUAUUAUCUGCAGCCACGAGGACAAGUGUCAAUUUCCAAGUAUAUUACUCCUUCUGGUUGCCAGGAAUGAUAGGGAAAUUCAAUAUACCAGUAGGUCCACUACAACUUUGGAUGAUGAUUAACAACUACUAUCGUUUAGUAAUCUGACCUCAUUUGUGUGGAUGCAGCAUAUAAAGCCCAAAGAAUACGGUAAACAACUCACCUCUAAACGGGUACUGUAUCUUGAAUCAUGAAUGCUUCCAAUUAAGCUUUGCUGCUUAAAGCUUUUGCUCUAGUAACAAUUAGAUGGAAUGGAAUGUCAUUAUCCUUGGAGCUUGUUGUUUAUUCUCCUCAUGUGAAUUGUGUAUGGAUUCCUUCGGAUGCUCUGUUGUCUGCAUUCGCUGGCCUAACGUACAAAUUGGAUCGUUAAGGUCCAUCUGGUAACAUUUUUUAUUUUACUUAAAAACAGAGGGGAGAUGGAGAGAAAAAGGAAGAAUGCACGACAUUCAUUCGGUUUUGCCUGCGGAAACACUCAGAAACCAUGUUUUCUGUUUGUUGAAAAAAAAUAUAUUAUGAAUUCUUCCCUUCUUCCUAUAAUCAUGAUGAAACCCUUUUUUUGCAAGCAUUGACUUGGCUCUCGAACAUGGAUUCUUCAUUAUUGUUAUUAUUAUUAUUUAGUUUUAUCAAUGGAUGUAAUUGAUA